AUGGAAGAAGAUGAAUUUCCCACUGGUUUAAAAAUUCUUGUUGUAGAUGAUGAUGAGACAUGUCUCUUUAUAUUAGAAAGGAUGCUUCAGUCUCUGAAUUACCAAGUUACCAAAUGUCGGAAUGCAGAGGAGGCUCUAUGUAUGCUUCGAGAGGAUAAAGGCAAGUUUGAUAUAGUGAUUAGUGAUGUGCACAUGCUCACCAUGGAGGAAGGAUUCAAGCUCCUUGAGACAGUUGGUUUGGAGAUGAAAUUGCCUGUUAUCAUGAUGUCAUCGGAUGAUAAUCAUGAGACGAUGAAGAAGGGCAUCAUUCAUGGUGCUUGUGAUUAUUUGGUGAAGCCGUUCCAGAGGACGGCUCUUAGACUGAUUUGGCAGCAUGUGGUCCGCAAUAGAAGAAACAAGCAAGCACUUGCAGUUGCAGUUGCAGAGCCCCAGUCAUGCGUUUUGGUGGAAGAUGAUGAUGAUGAUCUUGUUGCCUCUCCAGCGAAGAAAAGAAGACGCCUAGUUUGGACAGCACAGCUUCAUCAUCAGUUUGUCACUGCUGUGAAUCAACUUGGGCAUAAAAAUUGUCAUCCAAAGAAAAUUUUGGAUCGUAUGCAGCAAAUGGGUGCUCGUGGUCUUACUAGAGAAAAUGUCGCUAGCCACCUUCAGAUGGUAAAUGGAACUGCGCCUGCUAAUCAUGAUAUUGGUCAAAGUCAGACUAGUCUGAAUCAGGAUGUGACAGAAUUAGAGGAACAGCAUUAUAAUAAGGACAUGGGGAGUAUUGUUGAUGAGCAUUCCAAUUGGGAUAAGUUGUUAGUUGAUGAUUCUCAAAGGUUCAAGGCCGGAAGCUGUUCGUAUGAUCAACCAAGUUUUGAGGCUUUAAUUUAUGCGCAAAACCAUGUUGCUAUCGAUGAUUACAUGCCAAGACCAUUCAUAGAGGAAGGAACUGGGCUGCCUGCGCGAUAUCAAAGAUAA